AUGAAUAUGAUCUCCACCGACAGUGUCGCCAGUAUUCUUACCACUGACAAAGCGCGAGGAUGGCGAAUGCUGCAGAAAUCGCUCCCAAAAAUCAUCGACUACGGCCGAUCGGAGGGAAUUCUGCAAUCGAAAUCUGAUGCUGGCCCUGGUGGGAUCAACCUCUCGGGAAUUGUCGUCCAAGCCGCUGAGGAAGCACACGCCGUAAAGGAGCCUAAAAAUGGGGACAAGGUAAACUUGCCUACAAAUGAUAUCACAACAAUGCACGAAGCGAUCCCGUUUUUACCCGUCCCUAUGGCACUCGUUUGCCUAUUUUUAAAUAUCGUAAUUCCUGGCUCUGGAACGAUUCUCUCGGGCAUUUCAGCGCUUUGCAUGGGUCAACCGAGAAUUAAUAUGAAAGAGGGACGAAAAUUGAUGACAUUAAUAAUCAAUUUCCUCGUCGGCGUUUCACAGUUUUUCACAAUCACUUUCAUCUUCGUCGGCUGGUUUUGGAGUAUCGCGUGGGGAGGAUUGUUGAUUAUUCAUUCAAUGCAAUACCGUGAUGCUCUUCAACAACGAAGACAAGAAGCUGUUGCAACGGCGGCCAUUGAAGCACUCACAAAAGACUCGAUUCUUCAUCGAAGAGACGUGAAAACUCUCGUCAAAACGCACAAGGAACAAACGAAAACAAAAGCU